AUGCUGUUCUUGCCCCAACUCCUGUGCACAUUCGUGGGGUUACCGGCCAUUAAUAUGCCAAUCACCUCAUAUCUUCAACAUUUAAUUGUUCACUGUUCCCGUAAUGUUGGUGGCAUGGAAGUACCGUCGUUAAAGUUGGAAGUGGAUGGUGAACCUAUUUUUCUGAAACGACGCGUCCUCCCAUGCGGUCAACGGGAAGGUAUCCUGAAAGCGUUACAGAAGAUGGAGCAGGAUGGUGUGAUAAGCAAAGUUGAAUUCAGUGCCUGGGCGACCCCGAUCGUCGUGGCGAUGAAACCUGAUGUCACACGACAACUGGGUCAAGCCAUGGUGGAAGUUACCGACUUGAAUGAUGCUACUGUGCACAAGCGAUACGUGGACCAAAUCCACUUCAAACCAUCCACGGACCAGCGGCAUAAAGAGACAACCGAGAGAGACAAUCAGUUGCAUAUCCCAUCAGUACAACCCACGGAGCCGCAUCAGUUGAUGCGCAGACACAACUAG